GAGCCGUCCCUGUAUGUUGCUCUCUGGUCGUUGCCCUGUGGCCCAGAGGGGUCGUCUCCUUCACACUUCCUCCUUGCAUCUUCAUCGCCCUACUACAGUUAAGAUGAUCGACUCUUGGAGGACUGAACCCUCCAGUGAGAAGCCCAUGUGGUACAACAGAUUCGAUCAAGUGGACCACAUUUCCCAACACCCGGAUCCUGAGAAAACCGAGAAGUACCCUCCGGUUGAUGAUACUCGUAAGCUGAUGAAGACCCGUGGGGAUCCCCACAUCAUGCGUGGCUGGGGAGAGUAUGUCUAUUGUCAUUAUGAGCACCUUCGUGAACCCGUCUUCCCGAGGAAGCCCGACGUCGCCAAGGGGGAGUUAGCCGCAGGUGCCAAUGUGACCCGUACCGACGUAUGGAAGCGUGAAGGCGAACCUGCUAUCCAAUCUAUUGCAAGAUUCAACCCGGAUAAUUUCCGUCCGGUUGGGUAUGCUGAGAACAUCCCUUGCCCCGACACCUGCGUCCCUGAGGGCCAUCUUGAUUUCCGCCACACCCGUCUGCCAACCUGGCACGCUGAUCGCCGGCCCUUCCACUACUUCGCCACGGGGAUGUUUGGUCUCAUUGGUUUGGCAUUUUUGAGAGGCACAGUCGUGAAGGUGGUCCACGGUUUGUGGCCAGCUCGUGAUGCGAUAGCCGCGGGGGUUAUCGAGGUGGACUUGAGAGGUAUUCAGCCCGGACAGAACUUCGUGGUGAAAUGGAGAGGCAAACCGGUGUUUGUGAGGAGACGUACUCAAGCUAUGAUCGAUGCCGCAACUGCUGAUGAUGCAAUCGUUAACAGUUUGAGAGACCCCGAACGCGAUAAGGACCGUGUAAAGAAGCCGGAGUGGUUGGUCAUGCUCGGAGUGUGUACCCAUCUCGGCUGUGUCCCUUAUCCCGACCAAGGCCUCUAUGGUGGAUACUUCUGCCCUUGUCAUGGUAGCCAUUAUGAUCAUUCUGGGAGGAUUAGGCUUGGCCCGGCUCCACUGAACAUGGAGAUACCAACAUAUGAAUUUAUUGAUGACGACACCAUUAUACUGGGAUAG